AUGGGCCAGUCGCCGUCCAAGCUUGCACCCCCGCCUUUCCUCGCGUUGCCAGUGCCUGGUGUAAGGUUCACAGGCCCCAAUGGUACGACGUGCACGUGGGCAGACCUGUACGCCCACUGUUCUAUCAGGGCCCAGAAAGCCGUCCUUGACGCGUUCAACAUGAAGUACAGGGAGAAGGUCGUCCACUGGCACGGGACGUUGCUGAAUGCAGAUCCUAGCACUAAUUCCGUCCUUUUCAAGAUGAGCCCCUCUAUCAACCAGGGGGCCGUUCCCGACCUGGCUCUUCACUUUCCUCAGUCGUUUACGGUGACGCAGCUUCAGCCUCUGAUAAAAAUGAAUGAAAUGAAGACGAUCGACUUCGUGGGGAAGCUGAGAGGGAUGAACGGGCCCGUAAUUGCCGCUGACUACGUUUCUGUGGGCGGAGGCUACGUUGAAAAACCCGAGCACAAUCUUCCAAAGACCGUUGCUGAUGCGCUGCAUGCGAUUCCGGAGGCCUUCCCCUCUCUGGCUGCUCUGGAGUCUCAAUUGACGGUGGAGUAUCCUAUGGUUGCGAUGGAGUGCUCCAUGCAAGCACGCGGGCUUCCUGAAGCUAUCUUCAUGAGGCACAUCACUAAGGUUGCCGGCGCCUUAUCCUGUCAGGUUAUAGAGGUGUCUCCUCAGAACGCCAAGGUCAAGUGCAACCCCCGCAUAGAUGAGAAGGCGCCGUUCGAUGUUCUAGUUACUUUCCAGCCAGCCAUGGCUGCGAAGCUCCCAGAGGUCAAGCAAGGGGCGCUCUGCACUUUCCGGGGCAAGUACACCUCGAUAUCAACAGCACGCGAGCCGCAGAAGGUCUUUGGAUUUGCCGCCGACGACGUUGUUCUCAAUAAGGAUCCUGCGGCAAGCUUAGCAUCCCUGCCCACUAAGGGGGGCGAUGUGUUCUACCAGGGUCAGGACGAAGUUGUGAUGAAGAAUCUCCGUGCUCAGGUUGAGUCUGAUAGGCAGCUUCAUAAGUCCAUGAGGGGUGGUGCCCACGCACAGACACCAGCCUCUGCUCCCACUCCAGCGCCGCCGGCUCCAUCAGAGCCCGCAUCCUCAUCUGCAGGGCACAAGCCAGCUGAUGAUAAACCCGUGGAGGAGCCACCAGCUGAAGCCUCAAAGCCAGCCGAGCCAACGCCGAAGGUCGAGGAGGUCAAGCCGCCAGUCAUCGAGGAGACAGUGUCAGACGUUGCUGGGAAGGAUCCUCUGGAGGUUGCUCUUACCCUCAUGCAGUCUGCGCCAGAAGCGUCCUACACUGUCAAGAAGAGCAUCCUCGAUGCAGAUGAACAGGAGGACGACCCAGUGGCCCGCAUGGCCAGGCUGAAGAUGGGCGGCUUCAACGCCAGCGCGUUUACUUCCUCCGCCGACAAGUACAUGGGCGAGCUGGACAUGCUAGCCGGCGUAAAGCCAACGCAGCAGAGUGACUAUGACGUGUAUGACGUGGCUAAUGACUACAAUAAUACAAACAACUAUGAUAGCUACAACAGUGGCUACGAUAACUAUAACAGCGGCUAUGACAACUAUAGCAGCGGUGGCUACAACAGCUAUGGCGGCGGCUAUAGCAGCUGGUAG